AUGGGUGAAUCUUAUUACAACGAUAUGAUUCCUGAAGUCGCCUAAGAAUUAAAAGAAGCCGGCUUAUUGAAAGAAGAUGAUGGAGCCUAAUGCAUAUUUAUAGAAAAAUUCAAAAAAUAGCCACCUCUUUUUAUCAUUAAAAAAGAUGGAGGAUUUGGAUAUGAUAGUACAGAUAUGGCCGCUAUUAAAUAUAGAUUGAAAAAUUUAGGAUGUAAUAGGGUUGUUUAUAUUACUGAUAUAGGUUAAGAACCUCAUUUUACUUACUGCUUUGCAGCCUCAGAAAAAAUAGGGUGGCAUAAACCCCCUUAAACAAGAUUAGAACAUAUGGGAUUUGGAAUAGUGUUAGGGGAAGAUGGGAAAAGAUUUAGAACUAGAAGUUCAGAAACUGUAAAACUUAAAGACCUUCUUGAUGAGGCCAAAGAUAGGGCUUUGUCGAAAAUCAAAGAGAGACAAAAUGAAGCAAACAAAGAAGAAGGAGAAGAAUCGAAAGGAAACGUAACUUUUUUGAGUGAAUAAUAAUACGAAGAAGCAGCAGAAGUUAUGGGUAUGGCAGCUAUUAAAUAUUAUGAUUUAAGAUAAAAUAGAAUCAGUGAUUAUAUUUUCUCAUAUGACAAAAUGUUAGAUACUAAGGGUAAUACGGCUGUUUAUUUACUUUAUUCAUAUGCAAGAUUAUGUAGUAUUUUAAGAAAAAGUGAAAUUGAUGUAAAUUAACUUAAAGAUAUAGGAAAAAAUAAAGGCUUUAAAAUUACUCAUCCUCAUGAAAGAGCUAUUGUGGCUUGUUUAGUUAAAUUUGUUGAUGUUUUAUAGAGUGUAACAGAUGAUUUGGCUAUAAAUAGAUUAACUGAUUAUAUUUAUGAGUUGGCUUGUAAAAUUGCUGAGGCUUAUCAUAAAUAUCAUAUUAAUAAUUCAGAAGACAAGGAAACUAGAGUAUUACUUAUUGAAGCUACCAGAAUAGUUUUGAAAAAAUCACUUUAUUUGAUUGGAAUCGAACCUUUAGAAAGAAUUUGA